AUGAUAUUGCUCAGUAAAUAUGAUCCUAUCAUUUGCGAUCACUUCAAUACUAUCAUCAAUAAAAGUGAAAAGAAACAAAAACAAAAUAAGAAAGGCCGUGGAAGCUUUUUAACUUUUUUAUCCAAAAAUACGGUCCAAGUCGUUAUAAAUGAAAUAGCAUCAAAUAUUAAACGUACAAUUGCUACCGAAGUCCAAAAUGCUUCAUUCUUUUCUGUUCUUAUUGAUACUACCCAAGAUGUUUCAGUAAUGGAUCAAUGUUCAAUAGUUAUUAGAUACGUUUUUCAUGAUACAAUUAAUGAAAAAUUAAUAGCUGUUAAGUGUGUUCAUAAUUCAAGUGGUAAAGGUAUGGCUCAACUGCUAAAAGAAGAAUUGAUUUCUGUUGGUUUGGAUUUAACGAAAUGUAUAGGAAAUUCUACUGAUGGAGCGUCCAAUAUGCGAGGAGUUUAUAAUGGUUUUACUUCACAUUUAAGUAAAUUAUCACCUGAACAAGUUCAUGUUUGGUGUCAUAGUCACGUUUUAAAUCUUGUUAUUUGCGAUGCAACAAAAAAUCCUGUCCAAGUAGCAUCAUUUUUUACUUUAUUAAAUAGUUGUGCAGUAUUUUUCAAAGAAUCAUAUUUGAGGAUGGAUAUUUGGAAUGAAGUUAGCAAAGCAAAUUCAGAUAACAGUCGAAAUAAGCGUCUUCAAACCAUUGGGGAAACUAGAUGGUCAUCAAAACAGACUGCUGUUGAGAGAAUUUUUGGAACAUUUGGAGAUCCAAAAAGUUCUAUGUAUGUAGACUUGAUAAUUGCUUUCACUAAAGUUGUUCAAGAGGAAAAAUUUAAACCUGAUAUAAGAUCAAAAGCAAAACAUUAUUUAGAUUUACUAUUAAAAUAUGAGACUAUUUUGACGGCACACAUAUUUAUGAAUGUUUUUAGUAUAACGGGCCCACUAUCUAGAUAUCUACAAACCAGUGGAUUAGACCUUCUGAAAUGUCAACAAAUGGUAAAAUCUGCUCUGAGUCAAAUAGUUAAGUACCAAAGAGAUAUGGAAAAUAUAAUAGCUAAAAGUGAUAAAUUUGUCGAAUGGGUAAAUAAUCAACUAGAAUUGCAAGAUUUGGAUAAUGAAAUUUAUCUUCAAGAACAAUUCGAAAUCAAACGAUUAAGGAAAAAAAAAACGAAUGACUGA